ACACAAAAAUAUGAAAGAUCUUCGUCCUCCCACCUUUCAUGCUACCAUGCUAGCACUGACACCAGUUCGCUACUAUGAUAAGCGAGCGAGCGAGACAGUCGGGCUAUAAACUCCUCUUCCCCUCUCUCUCUCGCGCAAGAGAGAUCGUCAAAGACAUCCUUCCCCAAUCCCAGAGUCCCGAGCCUCAAGGACCCAUCAAUCAUUUCUCCUGCUCUCGAAUUCGAUAAUGGAAAAAGAGAUGGAGAUGCCUGUGUCUGCCCUCCAUAAGAACAGCACUUCAUCUUCGACGACCAGGUUCCUUGGCCUCCUAAAACAACCGGAUUCUGAUUCAGUACCUUUCGAAUUGGAUGAGGGCGAUGUGGUUUGGUCAGCCGAGCUCUCCGAUUCCCUCGAUUCGAUUCCCUUCGCCUCCUCAACUGUACCCAUUUCCACUCCCAAGCAUCGCCACCACCACUAUCGGCCGCAAAGAUUCGGUCUUUCCGCAGCGCUGUCGGAAGACCGCCGUCCUCUUGUACUGAGAAAUUCAGCUCUGAACCCUUCUCUCUCUGCUACUACUGCCGCACGAAGGAUUCCACCGGUGCCCAUCUCUCGUUCCGGGGGUUCACCCUCCGAAGACUUUUCGAUCUCAUAUUCAGGAGGUGGAGGCAAGUUCAAUAAAUCUGCUCCAGUGAAUGUGCCAAUGUGGCCUAGGAGGGUUGUUAACGGAGGAGGGUCCUCCAGAUUGAGUAAUUUCUACGAGGACGACGAGGGCACGGAAGAGGAGAUGCUACCACCUCAUGAGAUUGUGGCAAGGUCCCAUUCCACCACUUUCUCUGUGUUCGAAGGGGUUGGCCGGACCCUUAAAGGGAGGGAUCUUCGCCGUGUCCGGAAUACUGUUUUCCAGAAGACAGGUUUUCUGAAUUGAAACCUCAAACCCGUUUGGCCAUAUCUCUCUGCCUCUCAUGCAUUUCCCUCAAAAUGAUUCUCUCAGGAAAUUGUAACAUCUGGGUCCUCAAUCCAUUUUUAUUUCUGAAUGAAGAAUAUGUGGGUAGUUUAUUA